GCUCUUAGUGUUCACCUCAGACAGUAGCAUACAAGUUCGUGCGCGAUUCAUGUGAAGUGGAAGAGGAGGAUCACAACAACGAUCAAGCAACAGAACACUGACAUCUGUCCUUUCAAAGUAUGAGCAGGUUCGCGGGUUUAUUACGGCGGACGUUCGGUAUGGUGAAAGAACAUGUUGGUACAGACCAUUUAGGGAAUAAGUACUACGUGAUACCCGAACAAAAAACUUGGAUGGGAAGAAUGGUUCGAGCCAAGCGGAUGGUGGUGGCGUCUAACCCAACAGAGUUUGAGUAUCUGGAAGGCAGCAUACCGUCCGAGUGGGAUGCUUGGAUCCGAGGCAGACGGAAGCAGCCCCCAUCUAUCGAGGAGCUGUAUAAGAACCAGUGCUACAGGGAGAAUAUCAAGGACAAGGCCAGGGAGGUAGAUAAGAGGGAGCAGCUCCUGAGAGCGAAGGAGUACGAGGAAGGCCUGGUGGCCGCUCCCGCCCAGACCCAGGUCAGAGGUCACGCCGCAGCCACCAGCUUCGGCCGGGAGGAGGUCAGUCAGGAGCCUGUCAGCACGGCCAACACGUUUCAGCCCGGGUCCUGGACACCCAACGCCAAGAAGUAGACCAUGCAUAACACACUGUGGGAUAUUGUGUGUUCAGGAUGACACGUGCACACCUAUGCUCCAAUGUGUGAGAACUCGGUUGUGGACUGGAGUUGGAGUAAAACUGCUACAUUUGCUCCUUAGUCACUUGAGUGAAGAAAUGCUGCUGGGAGCUCAGAUGGGCUUCAUGUCGUUAACCAGUACGAGAUUCCUCUGUCACAAGUUGCUGUGUUGCUGCCGAUUAUUGGUGCAGUUCGCUUGACUUAUCUAUUACUUUCUCUGGGUUAUAUGAAAAACUGAGAAAUAUAAUGAAACACCCUUCAUAAAUGUCAUAGUUAUGGAAUUAUAUAAGAUUUAAUAAUCUUAGCCAUGGUAAAAUCAGGUCUUGUGUAGGCAAUACUGUAGCUGGUCUUACUAAAGUGAUCAGUAUAAUGUGGAUUGCAAAUGAAACUGCCAAUGAGGGGGGAGUACGUUAUGUUCCGAGGCAGCUGAUGUAAAAUAAAUAUCUUCUGCAUGUCAUGAUGUCA